CGUGAGUGGUGAUGAGAUGUCAUCGUACCCUACCUACUCUCCUACUUUAGUAGGUAGUUAUUUUUUCAGCCUUGAAUUAAGGGUUGUCUGUCAGGAGGUAGAACCACUACUUAGUACCUCCGCACUCUCUGACUGAUCGACAAUUGCCGCAUACUUUCAGUCCUUGUAGUAGUAGGAGGAGGAGCAGAGGUAAAUACGUGAUGGUUCCCCAUUAUUACAUCUACUUUACCCUACUUCAUUUCUACAUAGUAUACACUACUCUAUACUCAAAGAGAGGGAAAAUGCCAUCAACAAUAGCAAUCGCCAAAAACUACCUAUGUUUCAAACUCCCUUUCUCGGAGUACUCGUUCUCGUUCCCUUCGGUUCCUUUUCCAUGGCAUACACAGUCACAUACACAUGCACAUACCACUGCUACAAUCUCAGAAGCAAACACAGACACAACCAUCAUAUCAGAAGAGAGUCCUCUCCUCCCUCACCAUCACCACCACCACCACCAUCUUCAGCAACAACAACAAAAUAAUACACCUCAAUCACUCAAAGACAAAUACGGCACCUGCACCACCAUUCUCCACUACGGCAACUCCAGCUCCGUUCGACUUUACACCAACACCAACACCACCACCAACACCACCACCAACACCAACACGAAACGAAAAAUAAUCCAUGUGAUCAAAACCCUCCGCCCAACCCCCUUCUCCACCAAACAAACCCUAAAAUCCACCCUCGAGUCCCUCCUCUCGUCCACCCUCUACCAUCCACAUCUUCUCCACACUAUUGAUAUCAUCCCCAACUCGCGCGGAGAAACGUGUCUGGUAAGUGAGUAUUGCGAAUUAGGUGAUCUCGGGACGUAUAUCUCCUCCUCCUCUGCUUCCCAUGGGGAUAGUGUUAUGCCAGUGAGAGAAGCAGAUAAGAUUCUGUAUCAAAUAAUGAGCGCAGUGGAGUUUCUUCACGAAAUGGGGGUGGUUCAUGGGUGUGUUUGUGUGGAGAAUGUUUUGAUUUUUUCUGGAGAUGCGAGUGGGAACGGGAAUGGGGUAUGUGUCAAGUUGGGGGAUUUGGGGGAUGCGAGGGUGUUGGAUUCUCAACUCUCUCACGACCAUGUUGGGGUGAAAGAUGGUGGUGGUGAUGGUGGGUACUGCGCUGCAUGGAAAGAGGAUGUAUAUCCCCUUGUUAGGGGAUUAUCGAUGGGGAUAGGGAAGUUUGAGGAGUUGGAGGGAAGAUGUGAUAGAAGGAAGAGGAUCAAUCCUUAUGCUGCGCCGGAGGUACUUCAUCAUCCUCCUUCUCCAUCUCCUUACUCUUCGGCUUACUCUUCGGCUUAUCGUCGACGUGGGUAUGGGAAUCCUUCCCUAGGGGUAGCAGGGGAUGAUGAUCCCCGGGCUGUGGAUAUCUGGGCUGUCGGGAUUAUAUACCUUGUCCUCAGACUGGGGAGGAUUCUCUGGCGGAGUGCGAGUGAGGAGGAUGGGCGGUAUGCGGAGUAUCUUGCGGGGAGGAAGAGGAGGGAGGGGUAUGGAGUUAUUGAGGGGUUGGGAGGGGUAAGAUUAUCCCUUUUCUCUACAUCAUGUUCUUGUUGGUGGCUUGGGAUACUUGGGGUAGUUGUGCUAACGUGUGGUGUGUGUGUGUGUGACAGGCACAAUGCAGAAACGUGGUAUACGCGAUGCUAAACCCCGAUGCCAAUCGACGGAUCAAAGCAUCUGAAG